AUGGAGAUUACUCGUGAAGAAGAUCCCCAAUCUUCUGAAAUCCCUCUUGAUGUUAAGGAUCAACUCUUAGAAAAUGCAGUCCCAGUUCAUCAAAAUGACGAGUAGGUUUUAAUUUUGCGUAGGUUAUCCAUUUUCGGUUAAUUUAAUUAUUUUCACUUGAUCCCAUUAGUAAUACUAUGUAAUGUUUUUCCUUCGGCUUGUGCAUACGUAGUAUUUGUUAUGGAAGCGACUAUUCACUCUACGUGUGUCCACAUCUUUCCGUUUACUUGACGAUUUUGGAUGGUACUUGAGGAGCAGAGUAGGCAUGUCUUAAACUCACGCAUUUGAAAAAUGAUAUGAAAAGUUGUACAUGUGAAGCAAAAAAAAUGUGCGUCUUAUCCAUUUGAAAAAUGAUAUGAAAAGUUGUACAUGUCUUAAACUCACGCAUUUCUUUAGUACUUAAUGCGGUAAUGGUACACAUCAUCCAAUUACAUUGGCUUGUAUAUGCAUGGCUACGAGGUGAUGUUAAGCAUCUCUCUUAACCACUGCCUUCUUACUUCCAUUUUGGCUGUUGGCUCCUGCCCUUGGUUUGAUCUAAAGGUCAAGGAGUCCAACAGCUAUUGAUGCUGAGCUGAUUUGAUUUCCCUCUUGCUGGCAACGUGGUCUAUUGCCUUUAUUUUAUGGAAAUAAUGGAUUCCUUAGUGCCACUAGGAUGCUGAAAGUCUCAGAUUUGGCUAUUUAUAUUUUAAAAUAAAUAUAGAAUAUAUUUGAGGAUAUGGAGUUUUCAGCAAGCAAUUAGGCCAUAGUAUUUGAGUAGACAUUUUUCAUUAAUAUGAGAGAUAAUUGUCUAGUGGUUGCCGUUAAUAGUCAACUAUUGAUACUACUGCCACUGCAGCCUGACUCUUGCGUGCAUCUUGUCUCUGUUGGUUUCAACUAACAAGAUUCAUGAGCUGAUGUUUAUCCCAAUUGAUACGUGAUGAGAUACAUCCGGUUAAGUUCACUGAUUUCCCUUUAUUUUAUUUUUAGUUGUCGUCUCCAAUAAAGUCCAGGUUUAUGUUAGACAAGGAAUAUGGUUAUGCCCGGGGGGGAUCACUGCCAGCCCCGAUCUGAAUCUGUUGGUUAUUUUGAUUGUUUCUGGACAUGGAUUCUCUAUUUGGUUCAUUAUUCCAAUCUGUCUUAUGUCUCUUUGGACGCAUUCUAUUGUUUCUUCAUGUUGUUUAAAGUUCAUAUCUUUGCUAAAAGGUCGUAUUUUAUCUUUAAAGCAUUUGUGAAGUAAGAAUUGCAUUUGCAGUUUUAAAGAAGUGGAGACAAAGUUCAAUAUGAGCGAUGAAGAGAUCAAAGAAAUAAUGGAGCCCAUUGCUGCUACAGGAAAGUUCUGGUAUGGCAGUGUUUAAUGGUUUUGCAAAAUGAAGACAAUGGCUAUUUCUCUUGCGAACUGUAGACUAAUCUACUUCUUAGGAUUUUUCCAAUUGACAUCUAUGCACCUUCUUUCUGCCUAGAUAUUAAAAGCUUAAUCGGCCUGCAAAUGUCUGAAUCUGGGAUUUACAAUCUCAUGAUUCUAUGUGGCUAACCUUUUUUGUCAAAAUUUCAACAACAUAGUUCUGGGCGUGUUUUCUCAUCGAAUACGUUGUUAAUCAGUUUCAACGUCUAUUCUCUCUUUCUGUUAUUUUCUAUCUUCUUUUCUCUGUGUAUCAUCACUUAUUAGAGUGCGCAUGUCAUUUUGAAAUUAUUUGUAACGUAUUUAUUUGGCUGUCAGUAAAUCUAUGUUAUUGUCCAUUCAAAUUAUGUUUUGUAUUUAGUAAAAACUCUUUCUGACUUUGCAUUGCUGAUCUUGGUUUUUCUUUGGAGAUUUUUCCUUAGAUCACCAGUAUCUUGCUGUAAAAUGCCAUGGGAGGUAGAUGCAAUAUUUCAUUUUUUUGCUAGACUAUAUUCAAUGGGUCUUUGUUGUCGUCCUUGUUUCCUGAAUCCGUAAUAAAUUUUCAACUGAAAUAUCAGAACAAUAAUUUUUAGAGUUGAAUUGUGCGUGGUGUUGAUUUCUCAUUCUCUGUAGGCAUGAGUGGGACGAGUUGAAGAGUAUACUAUCAUUUCGGCUGAAGCAGGUAUGGGCAGGUAUACCAAUUCUCUCCAGUUCUUUAUUGAUGCCAUUUUGACGGUUCUAUCAUCUGAACUAAAUUUGCUCAUUCACGUUCAGUGUAUUUUAGCCAUUUUUUUCAUCAAUAGUUAGAGCAAACCAUCCCAAUAUAACCUGGUGGUUCAAAAAAAUGAAGGUCUUGGCAGAAUACCCCGAAUCACAGGUCGACAAUGACGUUGGUUCACAAGAUGAAUCCUUAACUGGCGAGACAUAUUCAGAGCUAGUAAGAAGAUUAGACGAAGGUAAUCUUUUUUCGUAAAUUAAUUUAUUUCUUCCUAGAAAAUUUAAUAACACAUUAACUGUAGAGUUUCCUUAUUAUUUCAUUUUGUCGUAAUUACUUUAUUUGAAAAUGAAUAGUACCUCAUGUUUAUUAAACGAUCCAGAAGGAGGGUUCCAUAGCUGCAACAAAAGCAACAGAUGGUCUCAAGUCAUUCUUUGUUCAUGUUUUGAUGGUGUCUGCAGUAAUUCUGUUUUUGGCUGUUUGCCUAUUUUAGUACCAUGAUGUUGUUCUUUCCAAAACGUCACUUCUAUCUUGUAUACAUAUGAUACUCUUUUGGAAUUUCUAUUUGUUCAAGCAGAGGCUUCUGAAUUCCUGCGUUGAGUGCUUUAGCCUGGAUUGCCCUAUUAUUUUUAUUGCUUUUCAUACCUUUGGCGCAUGGACUUCCUUAUUUUGCAGCCCUGUUGAGCUUCAUAGAGGGUCCACCCUUCACACUGCAGAGACUCUGCGAGGUACCCUUCAUUGGAGUCUCUGAUGCCGUCAAGAUUUGAGUUUUAUGUUUCCUUUAAUGGAUUAAAAUGAACAGGAAAGUGAUCAUUUUUAAGAGAUUAAAAAAAAAGAAAUGCCCGUUUUGGAAGAUUUUCUUCUCUAUCUUGAAGUGAUAUUCUGUUGUGGUGUUCAACAGAUCCUCUUGGCUCCAAGAAGCCUGUACCCGAAACUCUCCAAGCUCGCUCUGGCUCUUGACAAGGUUUGUGACCGUGAAAUCUCUGAUCUUGUCUUCAACCUCUCAUCGCGCUGUCAUCUCCCUCCUCUCCUGCAGAACCUGCUGGUCACAUCGACUCUCACAAGAUCCACCGGCCCACCUGCCAUGCCCGAGCCCGAGGUCGAGCCCGAGGCCGAGCCCGGGAUAGCAAACGGGCCGCCAGAAGAGGAAUCUGAUCCCGCCCCUGGUGGAGAAUUGCCCGCUACGAGCAAUGAAGACAGAGAGAUGGUUGAAGCAGAGGCCGAUGAGGAUGUCGCUGCCAAGGAUGAGGAGAUUCAGGAAGAAAUGGCCGGCAAGCAAGAAGAUGGAAGCGGCUCCGGCCAAAACCAUGGCUGA